CUAAUGAUUCUAACAUGGACUUGUGUUGGCUCCUCUUAUCAAAAUUAAAAUGUUGGCAGCAUGAAUUCUAGGACAGAAAUGCCCUAAUUCAUCACUUUUUUAUACUGAGGACUAGCAUAUGGAAAGCAAAUCAAUAGCAGAGUGUGAAGAGUUCAGAUAGGAGAGCCUGCCUCAUCAGAGGCUGUCAGAUGGCAUGAAUGUCCUGUUCAUAGUUGUGGAUGAUCUGCGUCCUGUUUUAGGCUGUUACGGAGAUAAGCUGGUGAAAUCUCCCAACAUUGAUCAGCUUGCUUCUCACAGUGUUGUGUUCAGCAAUGCGUACGCACAGCAAGCCGUGUGUGCUCCCAGUAGAGUGUCGUUUCUUACUGGACGCAGACCUGACAGUACCCGACUGUAUGAUUUCUACUCCUACUGGAGAGUGCAUGCAGGAAACUAUUCCACGAUGCCACAGUAUUUCAAGGAAAACGGCUAUGUGACCCUGUCUGUGGGGAAAGUUUUUCAUCCUGGGGUAUCAUCCAAUUACAGUGAUGAUUAUCCACACAGUUGGUCGGUUCCACCAUUUCAUCCUUCAACUGAAAAGUAUGAAAAUGAUAAGACAUGUAGGGGAAAAGAUGGAAGACUUUAUGCUAACUUAGUGUGCCCAGUGGAUGUGACAGAAAUGCCCGGUGGUACUCUGCCUGAUAUUCAGAGCACUGAAGAGGCCAUACGCUUAAUGAAUGUUAUGAAAACCAGCAAGCAAAAAUUCUUCCUGGCUGUCGGUUACCACAAACCACACAUCCCACUGAGGUACCCGCAGGAAUUUCUCAAGUUGUACCCGUUGGAAAACAUCACGUUAGCCCCAGAUCCCUGGGUGCCUGAGAAACUGCCUUCUGUGGCGUACAACCCCUGGAUGGAUAUCAGACAGAGGGAUGAUGUGAAAGCAUUAAAUGUUAGUUUCCCUUAUGGACCACUUCCAUAUGACUUCCAGCGGCAGAUUCGUCAGAGCUAUUAUGCAGCAGUUUCUUACCUGGACACGCAAGUUGGCCAGCUCCUGAAUGCUUUGGAUGAUGUAGGGCUCUCAAAUAGCACAAUAGUGGUUUUUACUGCUGAUCAUGGAUGGUCCCUGGGAGAGCAUGGUGAAUGGGCAAAAUACAGCAAUUUUGAUGUUGCUACCCGUGUACCGCUGAUGUUUUAUGUACCAGGAAUGACAACGUCCCCUGUUAUUCCAGGGGAGAGGGUGUUCCCCUACCGUGACCCUUUUAGCCAUAUUUCAGACUUCAUGCCACAAGGGCAAAGCAAAAAAGUGGUUGAGCUUGUGUCCCUGUUUUCAACACUUGCUGAACUGGCUGGCCUGCAAGUUCCUCCUGUGUGCCCUGAGCCUUCAUUUCAUGUUGUACUGUGCACUGAGGGGUCAAGCAUUGUCCGGUAUUUUAAUGUUUCUGAAGAGAAGGAUGGGUGUGAUGACACUUUCAGAUGUUUUAAUGAAGAAACUGUUGCUUUCAGCCAGUAUCCCCGGCCUGCAGACACUCCUCAGUGGAACUCUGACAAGCCAAAGCUGAAAGACAUCAGAAUCAUGGGCUAUUCCAUGCGUACAAUUGACUACAGAUAUACUGUGUGGGUUCAGUUUAAUCCUAACAACUUCAGUGCUAACUUUGAGGAUGUGCAUGCAGGAGAGCUGUACAUGGUGGAGACUGAUCCAAACCAGGAUUAUAACAUCUAUAACAAUACGUUACAUGUUUGGUUUUAUAAGAAAAUCCUUGGCUUCCUGAAGCACUAGUUCAGAAACUCCUUGCAGCUGAAGUUUUUUUUGCAUAAAACCUUUCUGUUGUACAGGAAACACCUGGAUUGAAUUAAAAUCCUGAAAACACCA